AUGGGCGCUGGCGUCACCAUGGCUGCUGCUAUGCCCGCCAACAUGAAGCGUGCCGACUCCUGCACCUUCACUGAUGCCGCUGCCGCCAAGGAGGGCAAGGCUGACUGCACCUCCAUUGUCCUGAAGGACAUCACCGUUCCCGCCGGCGAGACUCUGGAUCUUUCCGACCUGGCCGACAACACCCAGGUUGAGUUCCAGGGUACCACCUCUUUCGAGUACGACGAGUGGGAGGGCCCAUUGAUAAGAUUCUCGGGCACUGGUCUCACUAUCUCUGGUGCUGAAGGCCAUUUGAUUAAUGGCAACGGCGCGAAGUGGUGGGAUGGCAAGGGUACGAACGGUGGCAAGGACAAGCCCAAGUUCUUCUACGCCCACGAUAUGAAGCAGUCCACGAUCAAGGGCCUGAACAUCAAGAACACCCCCGUCCAGGGCUUCUCCAUCAACAGCUCUGAGGACCUUACUCUCGACAGCAUCACCAUCGACAACACCGACGGUGACGUUGAGGACGGUGGCCACAACACCGAUGCCUUCGAUGUUGGCUCCUCCACUGGCAUCACCAUCUCCAACGCCAACAUCAAGAACCAGGACGACUGCCUGGCUAUCAACUCUGGCACGAACAUCGCCUUCACCGGCGGCACUUGCUCCGGUGGCCACGGUCUUUCCAUCGGCUCCGUCGGUGGUCGUGAUGACAACGACGUGAAGAACGUUACCAUUUCCGACUCCACCGUCUCCGACUCCGACAACGGUAUCCGCAUCAAGACCGUCUACGACGCCACUGGAAGUGUAGACCAGGUCACGUUCUCCAACAUCAAGCUCUCUAACAUCGCCAAGUACGGUAUUAUCAUCGAGCAGGACUACGAGAACGGUUCGCCCACCGGCAAGCCUACGAACGGCAUCUCGAUUGCCGGCCUCAAGGUUGAGGAUAUCACCGGUUCUGUCGCGGACGAUGCUUCCCCUGUCCAGAUCCUCUGCGGCUCUGACUCCUGCACUGACUGGACCUGGUCUGGUGUCGAUGUUACUGGUGGCGAGGCCUCCGAUGAGUGCCAGAACGUUCCCGAUGUUGCCAGCUGCUAA